AAUAUCACACCUUUAUGGCAGACAACAUCACGUGCCACGCUGAUGUCAAAACAUUUUCAUCAUGGAAACCGCAGUAAGUAAAACACCUCAUUAUAAAGAGACCGACAAAGAAAUUCAAAGAAACGAUAAUAGAACUGCUAAUAAUAUCUUUGACGAUGUAGCUACAUACAUUAUCGUGGAUAAAAAUGACCAGGAUACAAACAACAAGGUCCAAGCAGGUCACAAAUGGACCGAAACGGAUAACACACUGGGAAAUCAAAAAAAUGAAACAAAACCAGUGGUAGAUGCAAAAAAUAAUGAUAAACAAGAAAGUUUAUCUGAAAUUUUGCAAGAAGAUAACAAUAAAGCCACCGAGGAAAAAUAUGAGUGGAAACCUGGCUUCUGCUUGCAGCUGGGCUCGCAAGGAAGAAAAGCUAUGCUCCAGCUAUUGAGAAAUGUAUGCAAAAAUAAUAAAAGCUGUAGAAAUAUCUUCCAAAAGAUGGAUCCGCCAACCACUAUAAGUAACCUCCCCUUUUUCAAAGUAUCAAUGCUAUGGGAACUGGCAUAUCAAUUGAAUGUAUUCGAUCAGGCUAUUGAAAUUCAUAAAUCAUACUGUAAGUGUAAAUUAAAGGGUGGAAAAUGUGGCGACGUAUACUCCAGAGCACCUAAUGUUACCAACGUACCUGUUCAAAAUUCAGGGAGAACCCAUAAAACCAAACGAAUCAGACCAUCAUCAAUCAUUAAAGAAUUCUACCAACUUCUAAUGGAGAAUGAGAAUUUGUAUACGGUUAUGCCAAAUGAUGGAAUGCGAAAUCUAAAACGCAAGAUGGAAAAUCUCGUUAGUGCAAAAAAGGUUACGCCAGAACAAUUUUCAAAAUUCAUGGGCUCAUACAAACCAAAUGGCAUUUAUAACGAAGCAUUGCACCAUACAGAAGAUGCGCAUGGGCUUCAGAAAAAGGCCAAACACAACAACUUAUAUGAAUACAUCCCGAGGUUGAACAAACCCACAUACCCAUGUAGUACUAUGGGCUGUGCCGUAAUGCAUCCAUGAAGUUUUCAAACGCCUUGUUAUGCCAACUAGAAUACUACGACACA